AGGCACCCUCUCCACUUGGAAUUUCUUGGAGAACAGCUCAUCAUCCCCCCACCCUGACUGCAAGUCCGCGCCACGGGUUCGCCCGAAUCGAUCCAAGGAAUCACUGCCUACCAGACCAAUCCACCCGCACCUGCAGAUCCUCUGCGAUUGAUGAGUAUUCCUCCCCCAGCUUCUUGGUGGAGCGACUUGGAUGCGAGGGAGCUCUGCCCGGAGCCUUCUCUCCCAUCUCCCCGCCCCCCGUAAAGGCGCUGCCGCCUUUCGCCUCCCGCCGCCGGAGAUAGGCCCCAGGAUGGGCUAGGGACUCCUCCUGCACCCACCAGCGGCGGGCCGGAGCCUUUUCGGAUCUGCCCGUCUCCUCUCGCUCUACUUGUCUUGUUGGACCCUAGCACACUACUAUAUCAAACUGUUGCCAAUACUUACCCUGCCUAAAGCGGCCGAUUGGCCACGCCAAUGCUGUGUCCGGAUCCUGCUUAUGCCACAACUUUCUCCUCUUUAGUUUUUUUUUUUUUUUUUUGAUAACCUGGGAGCGAGCUUCUAGUUUAUCCCGGGUUAUCAUAUUCUCCCGUUAAUGCGAGUCCCGAGGAGACAGACUAAAGCUUGGAUUUGUUCUUCCAAUUUGGAUAAUCCUAUUUCAAGGACAUAUUCUUGGCAACACUCUGCCCUGUAAAAUAUAUUCUUUGCCCUGAAUUGAUUUUGUGUUAAUGUUACUAAUAGUGCCGAGGAGGGCAGAUAUUACAUAUUCCCACCUGCCCACCCACUUGGAAACAUGGGUUCCUCCCAAGAAUCCACAUUUUCAUCGGCCUCAACAGCCGCACAAGUGAAUGCUUUGGACUUACUACCUGUCUAUGCCAAGGAGCUUAUCGCUGGUGGUGCAGCUGGUGCAUUCGCAAAGACUGCCGUCGCGCCACUAGAGAGGGUAAAGAUCUUAUUGCAGACAAGAACCCAAGGGUUUCAAUCCCUUGGGAUUCUCCAAUCCUUGAGGAAGCUGUGGAAAUACGAGGGAAUUCGAGGCUUCUACAAAGGAAACGGUGCGAGUGUGCUUCGGAUUGUUCCGUAUGCAGCAUUGCAUUACAUGACAUAUGAGCAGUAUAGGUGCUGGAUACUGAAUAAUGCCCCAUCAGUGGGUACAGGACCUGUGGUUGAUCUCUUGGCAGGCUCAGCUGCUGGCGGAACUGCAGUUCUGUGUACCUAUCCUUUAGAUUUGGCUAGGACCAAGCUGGCAUACCAGGUUUCAAAUGUAGUCCAACCUGCCAAUUCAUUGGGAAAUUUUGGCCGCCAACCAGUAUAUAAUGGUGUAAAGGAUGUUUUUAAAACUGUUUACAAGGAAGGAGGUGUAAGAUCUUUGUACCGUGGGAUAGGCCCAACCCUGAUUGGUAUUCUUCCAUACGCUGGCCUGAAAUUUUACAUAUAUGAGGACCUAAAAUCUCGUGUUCCCGAAGAUUACAAGAGAUCUGUUAUAUUGAAGCUCUCUUGUGGGGCUUUGGCUGGUCUUUUUGGACAAACCCUCACUUAUCCACUGGAUGUUGUCCGAAGGCAAAUGCAGGUUCAGAACAAGCAGCCCCAGAAUGCAAAUGACGCCUUCCGCAUAAGAGGAACAUUUCAGGGUCUCUUUCUUAUCAUUCGGUGCCAAGGGUGGAGACAACUGUUCGCUGGCUUGAGCCUUAAUUAUGUCAAGGUCGUCCCUUCAGUUGCUAUUGGUUUCACAACAUAUGACAUGAUGAAAAAUUUGCUGGGAGUACCUCCACGCGAGAAAGCUCAUCCAUUGACUGGUAACAGCAACAAAUGAAGCAACAUCGACCUAUUUGCGCAUUUGGGUCUCAUUUAUAAGCUAUGCUACAUAUGAUGGUCUUAAUAGUGACUUAACUGUUACAUUUGUAAGAAUGACAGCCCAGUUGAGCAUUUGAGCUGCUCCAGACUUGGAUUUGAUUGUGUACUGAUUGUGUGUGAUGAAUAAUAGAAUUGAUAUAUCAUUUUA